AAUUCGCCACCCCCUCAUACACAUUCUCAAUCUCUCUCUAUCCCUUCAGCCGUCCUACAGUGUUUCCCUCUGAAAAUCACACAAAUCGAAGAACAGAAAGGGGUAAAAAAACCGAUGGCUGGCACCGGAGUAGUAGCUGUUUACGGCAACGGCGCGAUAACGGAGAGCAAGACGUCUACGUUCUCCGUGAAAGUCGGUCUUGCUCAGAUGCUUCGAGGCGGCGUUAUCAUGGAUGUAGUUAACGCCGAACAAGCUCGAAUAGCUGAGGAAGCUGGCGCGUGUGCCGUCAUGGCACUAGAGCGCGUCCCCGCCGACAUCCGUGCUCAAGGCGGCGUCGCAAGGAUGAGCGACCCACAACUCAUCAAGGAAAUCAAACAGGCCGUCACGAUACCCGUCAUGGCUAAGGCUCGAAUUGGGCAUUUCGUGGAGGCCCAGAUUCUGGAAGCCAUUGGGGUGGAUUAUGUGGAUGAGAGCGAGGUAUUGACGUUGGCGGAUGAUAUGAACCACAUUAACAAGCACAAUUUUAGGAUUCCAUUUGUUUGUGGUUGCCGGAAUCUGGGGGAGGCUUUGAGGAGGAUUCGUGAAGGUGCCGCCAUGAUUCGUACCAAAGGAGAGGCAGGGACUGGUAACAUAAUUGAGGCGGUGAGACAUGUUAGGUCUGUUAGGGGGGACAUUAGGGUUCUGGCGAACAUGGAUGAUGAUGAGGUGUUCACUUUCGCAAAGAAAAUCGCGGCCCCAUAUGAUUUGGUGAUGCAGACCAAGCAACUGGGGAGGCUCCCGGUGGUGCAGUUUGCUGCUGGUGGUGUUGCUACUCCAGCUGAUGCAGCUCUGAUGAUGCAGUUAGGAUGUGAUGGCGUUUUUGUUGGGUCGGGUGUGUUCAAGAGUGGUGAUCCGGCACGUAGGGCCCGUGCUAUUGUUCAGGCAGUCACACAUUACACCGACCCAACAAUUCUCGCGGACGUGAGUUGCGGUUUGGGUGAAGCCAUGGUGGGGUUGAACCUUGACAAGAACGUGGAAAGGUAUGCAAACCGGUCCGAGUAACCAACUCCGGAGGUUAUUAUAGGUUUGUUCUUUUCUAUUUAGGUUUUGGAAAUUUAUUAAAGGUUUUUAAGGCCUGAACAAAUAUGAAUGAUGCUGCUGCUGGGAUGUUUUUAUUUAUUCAAUAUGCAAGCUUUGGUUAUG